AUGCCGCGCACGCCAUACUCCCAAGGCUCCUGCGCCAACUGCGGUGCGCACCGGGUGCUCAAGUACGCACACCGCACCAUCUGUUGCCGCUACGCGUGCCAGAAGGUGGCUGCGGCGCAGCGCCGCGCGCGGCUUGCAGACGGCGGUGCGGACGACGCAGUCGCGCCGACAUUCUGCUACAAGAUUGAGGCGCGGCUUCACCGACCCUCCGUCUCCUCCCCUGCCUUCGUCGUCAUCGUCGCUGUCGCGAAAGCCCUCCGGUCCCUCGAUUCCCUCGUCUAUCCCCUCCGCUGCGCUCGCGCUGCGCUGCGGUAUAAGGUGGGCCUGGCCUACCAUGGCAAUGCCGCUGAGACCGGUCGACCCCCAUGGUCGGGGGCCAUGAACUUAGACGACAUAAGGCCAACUCCGGGUAAAACCCGGGUAUACCUGAAAAGCUUUCAGGGCCAGUGCGCUACUUGCGGCGCGCAACGCCUGCUCAAGUACGCGCAACGUACCAUAUGCUGCCGCUAUGCGUGCCUUAAGGCGGCUGCGGCGAAGCGGCGGGCGCGGCAUGCCGAUGGCAGCUUCUCUGACAUGCGUUUGUUUGAGCUUGAGGCUAUUUGUGAGAACUGUUUGGCGAAGAAGUCGCCGAAGAUUGCGCUCAAGAAGCAGCAACGAGAAUCGGAAGAGGAGGAUGCUGAGGCGGCGAUUGCUGAGCAUGAGAAGGAUCGAUCGCCCGCCGCAGGCGAAGAAAAUUUGGGGGUUGCGCCGUAUCGUUUGUACGUUGAUCACGAACGCAUUACGCAAUUCGAAUUCUUCUUUCCAAUUCCGACGAUGGGCGCCUGCACGUCCAAGCUGCGGGAAGACGGGACCUACGACCCGAGCCCGUUCACGCUCAUGGUUGCAACGUCGAGCAGAACCAAAUACGUCAAGCAGGAUCACGAUGGGAAGGUCUAUGCCGGCACGAAGCCGAUCCUGGUCGUGUGCACCGAUGAAGGGCAUCUGGAAAUGGCCAACGGGAAGGUCUUCAACACGGGAAACCACCCGGUCGAGAUGUUUGUGCCGAUGCUCCACUUUAAAGACGUGGGCUUCACGUUCGACAUUGCAACUGCUCGCGGAAAACCUGUGGUGCUCGAGAUGUGGGCGUAUCCGAACAAGGACGAGAGCGUGAAGGCGCUGUAUGAGGAGGUGAAGGCCAUGCUUGAGAAGCCGAAGAAGAUUGAGGAUAUUGUCAACCUCGACGGGUACGCGGCGGUCUUUAUCCCCGGCGGGCACGGGUGCAUGGUCAACCUGCCGGCAUGCCAGCCGCUCGGCAAGCUGCUGAACCAGGCGCACGCUCGGGCGCUUCCGACUGUGACGCUCUGCCACGGACCAUGCGCGCUCCUGGCGACGUGCGCCGAGACGAGCGGCGAGGCGCAGUGCACGUACGCGGGGUACAAGACGAUGUGCUUUACGGACAAGACGGACGCCUUCACGCCGUCUAUUGGCUACCUGCCCGGUCCGAUGCCGUGGAAGGUGGAGGAGUGCCUCGUGGCCAAGGGCGUGGAGGUGCUCAACAAGUCGGAGACCGGCGCGGUGACGCAGGACCGCGAGCUCAUCACCGGCGACAGCCCCGACGCGGCUCACAACCUCGGCGUGCUGGCGGCCCCGCUCUUGGUGCAGUACGCGACGGAGCACGGGCUGUAG